GAUUAUUAUUUUCAGAUGAAAAUGCCCCAGACACGACCGAAACUCCCAGCAAACCAAAACAUGUUCAGCCUUCGAAUCCAGUCCGUCGAGUUGCCCGACGCCCUCGCCGCCCUCACCGUCGCCGCCGCCGACGAUGUGGGCACCAGCAGCUCCGCCGCCGGCGGCACAGCCGCAUCCAAUCCCAUCUCCCCGCGCUCCAGCAACCCUCUCCCCUCCGCUACAUCCGCCACAAGUCCUCUCGAGCUGCCCGGCGUGACCUCCGCCGCGCCCGCACGGAACCCUAGGAUCCACCACACCCGCGGCAUCCUCCACCUCUAUCGCUCCUCUUCCUCCUACGCCUCCGCCGUCGCCGCCACCGCCACCCCCUCUUCCUCCUCCUCCGGCCCCACCGCCGCACCGCUCCCCUGCGACUCUCUGCUCCCGUCAUGGCGCGGCACGCGCCUCCUGGUGCUCGCCGUCCCAACCCGCCUCACGCCAGACGACUUCGUCCGCUUCUGCGGCCCCUACGUCGAGCACGCCUCUGAGAUCCGUGUCAUCAGCGACGAUGGGGUGGAGGACCGGUACAGCGUGCUUGUGGAGUUUGAGGAUCAGAAGAGUGCCGAUGGAUUUUACCUGGACCUCAAUGGCUGGAGGUUCUCGUCCACAGAGGUAGAGGUGUGCCAUGUUCUGUUUAUAGUUGCUGUGCAAUACACAUCAUCCACUGAGUUGGCCGUCACCCCACCGGUUGGAUCUACCGAGCUUCCGACUUGUCCUGUUUGCAUAGAAAGGUUGGAUCAAGACAUCAGCGGAAUUGGGGCUACUAAUUGUGACCAUUCUUUCCAGUGUUCGUGCGUUUCAAUGUGGGUCAGUUCAUCUUGUCCGGUUUGUCAGUUCUGUCAGAAGCUGUCUGAAGCUCCUACAAAUCCUACAUGUUCUGUUUGCCAGACCUCUGAAAACCUCUGGAUCUGUGUGAUAUGUGGUUUUGUUGGAUGCGGAAGGUAUAAAGAAGGGCAUUCAAUCAGGCACUGGAAAGGCACUCAGCACUGCUAUUCUCUCGAUUUGGAAACUCAGCGUGUUUGGGAUUAUGUUGGUGACAGUUAUGUCCAUCGACUCAAUCACUCAAAAAGCGAUGUAAAGCAUGCUAAGUUCAGUUCGUAUCCCGGGGACAACUGUGUAAACUGCAUGCACGAUGACUCAGAUAUGGGUGGAGUUAUGUUUAGCAGCAAAGCGGACACAAUUGUGGAUGAAUACAAUCGUCUUUUAGCAAGCCAACUUGAAACUCAGCGAGAGUAUUACGAAGCUCUUUUGUCAGAUGCUAAGAAAGAAAGGGAACACCAUAUUUCUGUUGCCGUGGAUAAAACUAUAAAUGAUAAGCUUCAAGAGCUGCAACUUAAGCUUGAAAAUACAAUGUUGGAGAAAAAGAAAGUUGCUGAAAUGAAUGAAAAACUCACGAAGAGCCAGGAUAUAUGGCGCCAGACAGUAAAAGGAAUAGAGGAAAGGGAGAGAGCACAGUUGAAGCUGAAAGAUGAUACGAUUCUUGACCUGGAAGAACAGAUAAAAGACUUCAGAUAUUCCAUUAAGUUACAAAAGUCUAUUGCGAAGAGUUCACAUGCUGAUGAUCUCAAAGGAGGUAUGCUGGUGCCACUGGCCAUGGAAUCAGAUUCUGGAAAGGGUAAAAGGUCGUCAAGAACAAGCAAGAGAAGGAAUUAGUGGCGACUUUGCUAGUAUGAAUGCAUGAAUCUUCACCAGUUGUUAUAUAUGCUAAGAUUCUGCAUGUUAACUUCUGACCUUGUGUGAGAAGCGCAAGGUCACUCUUUCAUUGUAGUUUCAUUGCAGUUUUUCUCACUGUGCUAAUCAAGUUCAUCUGAUACUCUCAGCAAGAAAAAGUAGAAUCUGAUACAAAAUACAAUUAUGUUACGUACCCAGAAAGUAAUUUCAGGAAUGCACCUACAUAACUGUAAUACUGUUUUGCAUUACAUAACUUGCAAUUUGUAAUUGUUCAAGCACUACAGCUCGAGCAUUUCAGAUCUUCCGUAAGGAUGUGUUAUUGCACAAGCACUGUCAAUAAAUGACAUUUUGUCCAA